UAUCCAACGCUGCCUCUGUACACGUUUGUUUUAACUCGAAUCAUUAGGUUCUUUACCAACAGUCGUAGUGUAUUACAGAACUGACUUCAUGGUGUUCGGAUCACUUUAGAUAGAAGUGUCCUUUACCUAUCUGUCAGCAUGUCUUAUGCAUGUGCAGUGUGGCUCGCUGUUCAGGAAGAUUCAUACAGAGCUAGUGAACCGAUUCCUAACAUUCUGAACAGCGACAGUAACAGCACCAGCAUCAGCACCAGCAUCAGCACCAGCAUCAGCACAAGCAUCAGUAACAGCACCAGCAUCAGCACAGACCCCCGCACCACAGAACAUCUCAGCAACCAGCCAAUAAGUCGCCUGGACAUUUUUGAUGACUACUUUUUGGCACAGUGUUUUCAUAUGACUCGCCAGUGUGUAACAUUUAUUGUGGACUGCGUAAAAGCACGCAUGAAAAAGGACGUGUUUAGACCCUGUAGAGACGCCACUUCCAUUGAAUCACAGACACUUGCGGCUCUCUAUUUCUACACGCAUGGGUUUCUGCCAAGGAAAAUUACAGACGCGUUGGGACUGGAGCACGAAAGAGCAAGCGACGCCGUCAGCAUCGUGUCUAAGGUCUUGGAGGAUAUGUGCCCAGACUUCAUUACUUUCCCUGGCACUUAUGAUGAUCGCAUGGGUGUUGCACAGGGGUUUAAAUACAUAAGUGGUAUUCCAAAUGUAGUGGGAGUUUUAAACUGGUUACAUGUCCAUGUGACCCCUUCUCCAGCUGAAGAGAGUGUUUUCCUUAACACCAGGGGUUACUACUCAGUAAUGGUGCAGAUCAUAAGUGAUGUAGAUGGAAAUCUACUGAGUGUGGAACAGUGUUGUCCUGGGGGGACUCAGGAACAGGCUGUUUGGGAAAGCUCAAAUAUUUGUCAAGAGUUUACCAGACUUCAGCAUGGACAUACCUGGGUCCUGGGUGGGAAAGGUCUGUCCAAAGCUAAAUUUGUGCUGAGCCCUGUGAAAGGCUCCCGGAUCAAGGCCGAUUCAGCCAGACGUUUCAACUCUUCUCAUUCACAGGUUUGGAAAUCCUCUCAGCAUGUCUUAGGCUGUUUGAAAACCCGUUUCCGGUGUUUGCAUAAUCUUGGAGCUGUACAGGUUGAUAACCUCAAGCCUGUAGCUCGCAUUGUCAAUGCUUGCUGUGUUCUCCACAACAUCUCUAAAAAGUUUUCAGUACCGCUACCCAACAAGCUGGAGCAUUUACACCCAUAUACAGAGAUGAGGCAAGAAGAAGAGGAGAACUUUGUUGACCCAGAAGAGGCAAUAGAAGACAUGAUAGAGAUGUGUUUUGGGAAUUCUAGGAAUAAAGAGGAGCAAGAAAGGAAAAACACCGAGGAUAUUGAGAAGAGUCACAAACAAAUUGUUCACAAUUCACACAAGAACAUUUCUUAAUAUUGAAAGACUUUGCAUAUUAGAACUACAGUCUGAAUCCCACUGAACAGCCCCACUGUUGAAUGCCACCCUGAGGAGGGAUAUGUACUCCUGCAAACAUUAGUCCUUUAACAAAUCAUGUGUCUUGUUCCUGUGUAUACAUUUUAGCUUAAACAAAUGAGAAGCAGUUGUAUCUGCCUGUGGUUACCAUAAACUCCCGCAUGUUCAUAUACUCU